UUGUGCAUUAUUAGAUGACUAGACUGGCCAAGGCAGACCUGUUACACUUGCCUGAGUUAGGCAUUGUUUGCCAUGCCACUAAACCUGCCGUCAAGUGAAACCUUCAUUGGGGAAAUGAGAUCGGAGUCUGAACCGCAGAAGAUGGACGCCCUGUCUCUGUUUUUUAUUGUUUUACUUUAAUUUCAUUUCUUUUUCUUUAUUUUGUCCCUUUUUUUGUUUUUGUUUUUGUUUUUGUUUUGUUAAAUCUCUUUCACUUUAACUUGUGAGCUGGGUUUCCAGUUCAUUGUAAAUGGUAUUCCAUUAAGGGUUCAUAACGUGUUGCAAAUUGUAUUUGGAGAUGAUUAGCAGAGCUCAACCUUAAGAUAAAAUAAAUUUUCAUGCAGUAAAUUAGGAUACAGUGUGAAGCUCAGUGUGAGUCAUAAUUGGUUUAUAGACUGAUCAGGUACAUUUUGAUCUUGAAACAUUAAAAGACUAUAAGAGUCUUAGGACUGCUUUCUGAUCCCAAUUCAACAUUUUUGUAGAUUUUUUCAAGUCUACAUUUCUUAUAAAAACCAGCUUGAUAGAUUCUAAUUUUCAUCCUUCCCCCUGAAAUUUUAGGCAUACAAAAUCAUCAAGGAAAAUAAGGAACUUUUUAAUAACAGUCUGGGAUUAGGGGAGAAGAGCCUUUCACUUUUAUGGUAGUUAUUCAUUAUGGAACUUAUUUCCUUGACUUACAGAUACUUUUUGUUGCCUGUGUGGGGAAUGGAUAUUUGAGAAACUGUUGAUUAUUUGAGUUGAUGCAGCCAACACGAACGGUUGUCAUGUGUAACACAACUUUCGAUCACCGCGAAAACACCGUCCUGGGAAAGCGUCCAUGCUUGAUAUCGUUUGGUUCAUGAACAUUAAGUUUCCAGUACAGGUAAAAUCCCAGAGGAAUCCAAAGCCCUUUCUUUAUUGGCUCCUGCUCCAACCAUGACUAGUCUGAUGCCUGGUGCAGGAUUGCUUCCCAUACCAACCCCAAAUCCCUUGACGACAGUAAGUACUCUUGGUGUUUCACUUAGCAGUUUGGGAGCUAUACCAGCAGCAGCACUAGACCCCAACGUUUCGACACUUGGAGAGAUACCACAGCCACCACUUAUGGGAAAUGUGGAUCCUUCUAAAAUUGAUGAAAUUAGAAGAACGGUCUACGUUGGAAAUUUGAAUUCCCAGACAACGACAGCUGACCAACUACUUGAAUUUUUUAAACAAGUUGGAGAAGUGAAGUUUGUGCGGAUGGCAGGUGAUGAGACUCAGCCAACUCGGUUUGCUUUUGUGGAAUUUGCAGACCAAAAUUCUGUACCAAGGGCCCUUGCUUUUAAUGGAGUUAUGUUUGGAGACAGGCCACUGAAAAUAAAUCACUCCAACAAUGCAAUAGUAAAACCCCCUGAGAUGACACCUCAGGCUGCAGCUAAGGAGUUAGAAGAAGUAAUGAAGCGAGUACGAGAAGCUCAGUCAUUUAUCUCAGCAGCUAUUGAACCAGAGUCUGGAAAGAGCAAUGAAAGAAAAGGCGGUCGAUCUCGUUCCCACACUCGCUCAAAAUCCAGGUCUAGCUCAAAAUCCCAUUCUAGAAGGAAAAGAUCACAGUCAAAACACAGGAGUAGAUCCCAUAAUAGAUCACGUUCACGACAGAAAGAUAGACGUAGAUCUAAGAGCCCACAUAAAAAACGCUCUAAAUCAAGGGAGAGACGGAAGUCAAGGAGUCGUUCACGUUCACGGGACAAGAGAAAAGACACUCGAGAAAAAAUCAAGGAAAAGGAAAGAGUGAAAGAGAAAGAUAGAGAAAAGGAAAGGGAAAAAGACAGAGAGAGGGAAAAGGAACGUGAAAAAGAAAAGGAACGGGGUAAAAACAAAGAUAAAGACCGGGACAAAGAACGGGAGAAGGACCGGGACAAAGACAAGGAAAAGGACAGAGAGAGAGAGCGGGAAAAAGACCAUGAAAAGGAGCGAGACAAAGAUAAGGAAAAGGAACAAGACAAAGAGAAGGAACGAGAGAAGGACAGAUCCAGAGAAAUAGAUGAAAAAAGAAAGAAGGAUAAAAAAUCCAGAACACCACCCAGGAGUUAUAACGCAUCAAGAAGAUCUCGUAGUUCCAGCAGGGAAAGGCGCAGAAGAAGGAGCAGGAGUUCUUCCAGAUCACCAAGAACAUCAAAAACUGUGAAAAGGAAGUCGUCUAGAUCUCCAUCCCCUAGGAGCAGAAAUAAGAAGGAUAAAAAGAGAGAAAAAGAAAGGGAUCACAUCAGUGAAAGAAGAGAGAGAGAACGUUCAACCUCCACAAGAAAGAGUUCUAAUGACAGAGAUGGGAAGGAGAAGUUGGAGAAGAACAGCACUUCACUUAAAGAGAAGGAGCACAAUAAAGAACCAGAUUCAAGCGUGAGCAAAGAAGUAGAUGACAAGGAUGCACCAAGGACUGAGGAAAACAAAGUGCAACAAAAUGGGAAUUGUCAGCCCAAUGAAGAAAACCUCUCUACCAAAACAGAAGCAGUAUAGGACUGACAAAUGCACCUCUACACUCAAUGCUGGAAUCAAAUCCAAAGGUUUUAAUUCUCUCAACAAGAUGUAAACAGGGAAGAAAUCUAGUUGAGCAUAAAGAUCGGAUCUAACAGCUUUUCCAGUUGUUAGGUGACUUUGUGGCCAUCUUGUUACUGAGUAAGAAAAUAAAGCAUGGACAUUAUGAAAAUAACAGAUGUUACCCAAACUCAUCUUCUAAAAUCUGUGCAUUUCCAUGGUGGCUGACACACUUGUCAUGUGGUUUGUUAGUGUUUGCCAAGAUCCAUUGCAAAGAAAUUGAACAUCAAAGAUCCAAAUUUGUUAUCCCUGAAGACUGGAGAUAAGCAUUGGAGGCUCUUUUAAAAAAUGCUAGUUACUGAAUUUUGUAUUGUUUUACUUUUUUUUUUUUAAGUUCAGUAUAUACAGUUUGAUGAUGUGCUUGAAAUUGGUGCAAAUAUAUACACACCCUUGUAAGUGCAAAGUAUGUAAGAAGUUUUAACAUUUACUUCACAGGAUUUACAGUGAUUGUGUUGAAUUCCCACUAUUGUGUUUUCUUUUGCUCACUGUUUAGGACACCAGUUUUUUUAAAAAAUAGUUUUGCAGAUUAAAAUUGCUUAAAUAAGUGAAUUAAAAAACAACUGACAAUGCAUGCUACUGUUCUCUUUCAAAAGGAAGAGCAACUGUGUUGAAUACUAAUAAUAAUGUAUUAGUAUUCAGUGUUUAGAAUCAUUGGGUCUACCCACAAAGUGAACAUUUCCUUUUGAACUUUCUUGACAUUUCCAAACUUAUUAUUAAUAAUAUUGCAGUGUGUCUUGUCAGCUGUAGGUGGCAAAGAUGCCCUUAUAAAAAGGAAACUAGGUUUUCAAAAUGGGCUAUGGGAGCACAAGCUGAAGCUUUAGUGCCUUCUACAAUGUGGUAUACUGUUUUCUAGAAUUUUAUAUGUGCUUGUCAUUCUCAAUUCACAUGGAAUCCAGAUGAAUAUUUCAUUCAUACCCACAGAGAGGUGUGCAAGUGGUAUGUCAGAAGAGCUUCUUUACUUAUUUCAUCUAAUAUAAGAAGGAAGUCCUGUUUUCAAGAAUGACUUUAGAGUCGUGCAGUUUUGGGACCAUCAGUUUUAUACUGUGAUAAUUGAAGAUGAAACAUGUUCUUAUUUUUCUUAAAUCAAAGGAACUGUUUAGUUGUCUACAUUGGAUGGCCUUAAUUAUUACCUCAAUCAUCUUCUUAUAGAUGAUAUGAAGUCAUUAUACUUAAAGGGAUGACUAGGCGUAUACAGGAUGUUAUUUGUUUUAUGUUUAAGGAUACGUUUAUUUGAGUUUAAGAUAUAGGUCAUCCAUCAUUUAGGCUCAUAUUUUGCAGAAAGUAUGCAGAUAGUAAAUGACAAUAAAAAAUACUGCUAAUGUUUUUCCCCAAAACUGUAAUUCAUAAUUUCUGAACUCGUUAUAUUUUCAAAAAAGGUAACACCUUUUAAUUAGUAUGUUAUUAAAAAAUCAAGUAUUUUAAUGCAGUCUAAUACAAUCAAAUUACUCAGUUGCCUUACCUCAUGGGAAGAGUUACUUUUAUAGAUUUAAAAAGCUGAGUAGCACAUGCGUUACUUGGUUUCAACUUGAGUUUUCUUUUAAUGUUAAUACUAUUGAAACCUAAGUAUUUGGUGGGGAAUGGAAAGAGUUGCCCUUAUUGCAAGUAAUGAAGCCUGAUUUGAUUAUGAAGCUGCUUAAUCACUUUUCAUGUGUUCAGAAUUACUGUGUUUUUGUUUUUUCCCUUUUUGUCACUGUGUACAUUAAAAUUUUGGAAAAUGCUUUACUAUGUAAAGUAUAGAUGGUCAUUUAGUCAUUCAGCCACAUAUGGUUGACUGGUAAACAGCUUGUUCUGAUACAAGAAUGCUUGGGUGCACAUGGGAAGAUUGUGGAAGAGUGUGUGUCUUGCAUCAGCAGCUGUCUUAUUUAUGAUAUGUAAGUAGACUAGAGCAAAUGUUUGAAUCUUUGUUAUUUUUAGUACCAUUUAUCUAAUAAAGCUAAGUAUUUUAGAGGAAAAUACUUGUUUAUGGCAUUUCCAAAAACCAUUUUAGGUUAUCCUCUUGUUUUGGUGGGCAUAGAGAACAUUUUGACAUGGAGAAUGUUUGUGUGGUGUCUAUAAAACAGUCGUUGAAAGUUUGAGUGAUUUUUGUACUAUAGACUCUAUUAUGUAUUUUUUAUGUUGGUAAUAACAUUUAAUUUGGUUCCUGCUGCUAAUUAUUUUUCUUGCUGAUAUUUAUUCAGCUUUAAAAUAACUAUAUUAAUCUCAAAAGACUGUUGUAAAAGCUUAGAAUGAGUAGGAAUACAAGAGAUCUGGAGAAAGAGAAGUCAGAUCAUUAUGUGGGAUUUGACCUUUUCUCACAUAGGCUUAUGGAAUCAAAGCUUUCUAGAGUCUGCAGAGGGUGUGUGCAUGGGUGUGUCUGUAUGAGACAUUUUUUCUUCUCACUUAUAAGAGUUCAUAUGUUUCCAUUUGUUUAUUACUUUCUUUCAAGUUAUUUUGUUUUUUUCAUCCCAGGUAAAUGUUGUCAGGAAAACUUGAGGUAAGGCCAAGAAGACAGCCGUUUUACACUUGAUAUCUUCAUAUAUUUUUUUAGCUUGAUUUUACAGAAAGUUUACUCUUUCUUAAAUUGUAGUUGCUAUUUAUCAUUCUGGACAAAUUCUGUUGUAUUCUUAUUCUGCUUUUUAGCAAUGCACACUGAACUGGUAACUUAAGAUGGUUCUUCAUAAGCUAGCCAGUUUUGCAUCAAGUUCUAAAUCCUUAACUUUUGCAAAUUCUAUCUAAUCCAGUUAGCUUAUAAUUGCAAACACUAGUCAGCUUGUGAUCUUCCCUGUGUUUAGAAUUCUUUUUUUGGAAAAGAUUCAGCAUCUGCUAUGUUGAUCUUCAGAGGUGUCAGAGACUUACAUUUUGACAUGUUCAAUUAAAAAUAAGAAGUGGCAUUUAUAAUCAAAAGGAUUUUCUGUCAGGAAAAUUUCUUUUGUGAUAGUAAUCGUUUUCAGUCAUUACUGUGUAUAUGUUGCUAUCUUUAUUCUAAUCUUAAAAUAAGAAAAAAACCUGAUCCAAACCUCCUCCUUUUUAAAUUUAAGGAUUGUAAUAUACAGUAAUAGGCUUUUUAAAAGUUUUUUUAAUCUAUUAGAAAAAUGAAGAGUAUGAUUUGAUAUAAUAAUGAUCUUUAGUCAUUAACUUAACAGUUAAAAUGAAUCCUUUUGGAGGGAUGCAUUGAAUGACCUAACAUUUAAGUGAGUCUUUUCAUUGAAAGAUAGUAUCUGGUUUUAACUGGUAGAUUAUGAGGUAGAUCCAUUCCCAGAAAGUAAGCGUGCAGUGACCCUGUUUCUUUAUGUUUAAGUUUUUUUAUUCCCACUACAUAUUUACUUAAUAUUUUCUCAUGUUUUUUGCUAAUGUGAAUUUUACUUAAAUUCAAAUUGUUUAUUUUCAAAUUUAAAAGCUAGUGCUCUUAAAAGGGCUAAAUUAUAUUGCUGAAUGGAGGAGUCUGGUAAAUAUGUAAUAAAACUUUAAAAUAAAAUUAACUCCCCUACUUAACCUUGGGUUUGUGAGUUUGUUUAUAGUACACUUGGCAGUUUUGCUUAAAAGGUGGUAUGUUAUUUCAAAAAUAAAAGCUAAGGCCAUUUAUGAUUUUUGGUCCAUAUUCAGUUAGUUGGAUUUUGUAGCUAAUAACUAGCUCUCUUUCUAUUCCGUUCUAAGGUACUUUUAUAGUUUCUAUCAAUUAGUUUGCUACAGUUUUUAGUUUAUAUCAGAUACAACAUUUCUUCAUAUCAUGUUUUUAAAAGUAGAUUUUUAGUCUGUUGCCUGAUUUUUAAAUUUGUAUCUAGCUAACAUCUUAAUUUUGAAAAUUGCCAACUUUUGGGACACUUUGCAUAUUUUACCUCUAAAUGUUAUUUUUCCAGGAUUGGUAGGAGUUGCAUUUCCUUCUAUUGAUUAGCUUUUGUUAGAUAAUUUUUAAAUUAUAGGUGUAAGUUUAAAUUUAUGAAAAUCAUACAGUAAGAAGAGAUUGAUUUUGACUAGUUUAAGGGCACAGGUAGGCAACACAUGGUUGGGAGCUAACGAGUUUCUCAUUUCCACAAGAUUAAAUUUGAAAUAUGAGUCUACUGUGUAGCUGUAUAGAUAAAUUAAUGAUUCAGUAAUUACCCCCUGAAUCUUGAUUAGUUAAGUAAAACAGUGCUAUGGAUUCUUAAGGGAAGAGUUUUAAAUGUAAACAUAAACAUGCUGCAUAGGUUGUGUAUAUUUGUGAGUAGGACCACUUUUAAAUGGUACUGGUAAAGACUUAUCAAAUGAUACUGCUAUUAUGUUGCUAUAUUUUUAAUAAAAUGAAAAUCUUAAAA